AUGUAUCCUCGAGGAACUACGGGUGGAAUUAGACCAUUGAUCAAUCCACCAACUUACAUUGAAUACAAUGGCCUGCGAUUCUUGAUUGUAGAUGCACCAAGCUCAAACAACUUGCCUUUAUACAUCAAGGAAUUUGAGCGAUGGAACGUAACGGACGUCGUACGUUGCUGCGAAGCUACUUAUCCCAAAGAGCCAUUGAACGAGAAACAUAUCCAGGUACAUGAUUUUGUGUUUGCUGAUGGUGAGGCACCACCAGCACUCAUUGUAGAUGCGUGGCUCCAACUGAUUGAGGCACGAUUCAAUAACCAAGCACAAGAGGCACAUGAGGAGGAAAAGAAGCCAGGCGAGAAACUACCAUGCAUUGCAACACAUUGUGUAGCGGGACUAGGAAGAGCCCCUGUUUUGGUGGCCAUUGCGUUGAUUGAAGACGGCAUGCCUGCAUUAGAUGCAGUAUCUUAUAUCCGUGAACGACGAAGAGGAGCCAUCAAUAAGAAGCAAUUAAAGUACAUUGAAUCCUACAAACCAAGAACAAAGAGUCGAUGUGUCAUCAGCUAA